GAUAGUACACGUUUCUAUUCUGUCGAUGCUGUCAAAAUCGUAAACUAGUAAAUAUGCUGAACACAAAUAAAUAAACAAAGACACUACCGGUAGUGCGCUGUGGGCCGGAAUUGUGAUCAAGUUUCGGCUUGCAUUUGUGAAACAUAAGUUACAUGUGGAACGAAAUUAUCUGAAGGGAUUCAAUUACAGUGGAAAUGGAGACUGCCCCUGAACAACAUACUAGUUCUGCCUGUGAUGGGGUUACCGUCAAACAGGAGCCAGUGGAGUCUGAACCACUUGUGCCUGCUAACCGAGAGAUCGAGUUCAUAUCUGUUAAAGAAGAACCUUCAGUGGAGGCUGAACCACACACAUUUCCUAAGCAAGAGAUAGAGUACAUAUCUGUUAAACAAGAACCUCCGUGUUUACCAGAGUGGGAGGAGCCCGAAGGCCUUGUUAGCGCACAGGACCCACUAAGUGGCACUGUGGAGGAAUGUUCACCUUCAGAAGAUUUUUCUGGACCUAGCACAUCCAAUAUUGAUAAAACGGAGAAUGAGGAAGAUGAAGAGGAGGCAGAGAGUGGAGACGACGAGCCGGAUCUCAAAGAAGAAUCAGAGUCAAUAAACAGUGGCAGUGAACCAGAAAGUAAUAACUUCGUUGGCGUGGAGGACAACAACAGUACUGGAGACAGUGGCAGUUCUGUUACCAAAGUUUCCAUGGCCUCUGGAAGAGGCAACAGGACACAAAGCACCACCAGGCUGGAAGCGUUCUGUGGGAAUAAAACCAGUACAAGGCAUCUAGUGUACAGUAGUGACAUCAGAAGUAAAUUUUUGCAUUCCUGCAAUGUGUGUCACAAAACAUUCACUACAAGUUUUGGUUUGAAAGUACAAUCUCCUGUGCACACUGGUGAACGCCCCUAUAUCUGUGGCGUGUGCAACAAGACUUUCAAGUUAAGUGGUCAUUUGAAACGACACUUGCAGCUGCAUACUGGUGAACGCCCUUACAUCUGUGCCGUUUGUAAUAAGUCAUUUGUAACAAAUUCCGACCUGAAAAAGCAUUCAGAACUGCAUACCGGCGAACGUCCAUACAGCUGUAGUGUUUGUAACAAGACGUUCGCAUCUAAUAGCUACUUGGUGAAGCAUGCUAAUCGGCACACUGGUGAACGCCCCUAUGGCUGUGGCGUGUGCAACAAGACAUUCAAGCACAGCGAUCAUCUGAAGCGACAUUCACAGCAACACACUGGCGAACGCCCCUACAGUUGUAGUGUUUGCAACAAGACAUUCACACAAAGUGGAAGUCUGAAGCAGCAUUCGAUGCUCCACACCGGUGAACGCCCCUACACUUGUGAUGUAUGUGGCAAGUCAUUCAGGAAGCAGUCUGACCGAAAACAACAUUCGAGACUACACACUGGUGAACGUUUGUAUAACUGUAGUAUGUGUCCAAAGACAUUUUCGCGGCGCUGGAGUCUCAAGGAACACUUGCGGCUUCAUGCCGUGAGAGAUCAUACAGUUACAGCAUUUGUCGAAACUAAUAGAAACUUAACCGCAGAUUGAGGAAACACCUACUUCUUUGUGAAAGUGAAUGCCCAUCUAUAGUUGCGAUGUGUGUGAAGAGAUUUGCAAGCAGCUGCAGACUGGAGAGGCACACACUUCUUUACUCAGGAAAGGUCUCAAACUAUAGUUGUCAGUGCAAAUUACCGAAUAUUACUGUUGCUGUGACUUGCGUCUUUAGAAGUUUAAGAGCAGAAGCGUCUGUCCUGAGAUUAUGAAAUCUUAUGUCUGUGUCGACAAUUGUGGCUGUUUGUGUUGUAACAGUUAAGUGUGGCUGGGGAGCUGCCUACAGAGGCACAUUAAUGCUUGCAUAAUAAUUGAAAUGCAACACCAGUGUCAUCAAAAUAAUUAUAAGUAUUGACUCAAAUGGCUCAGAGCACUAUGGGACAUAACAUCUGAGGUCAUCAGUCCCCUAGAACUUAGAACGACUUAAACCUAACUAACCUAAGGAGAUCACAAACAUCCAUGCCCGAGGUAGGAUUUGAACCUGCGACCGUAGCGGUGGCGCGGAUCCAGAUUGAAGUGCCUAGAACUGCUCAGCUACUCCGGCCGGCUAAUUAUAAGUACUAGAUGAAUUAAAUGUGUCAUGGGGAUUGUUAAGGUGUUGCAGUAAAUUGUUGGAAUGAUGAAAAAGCCUCACAUAAACCUCAAAUGUAAUUAUAAUAAAAUAUCUGUCACAUAUAAAUAAUAGCCUUUAAGUGGGUUGAUGUCAGGUAGCCAGUAAAAUGAUACAGCAUGGAUAGUGUGUAGAAAGAAUGACUCUCAACAUGCCUUUGUAUAUUACACAGUUCCUGCAACUGCACUAUUGUAACCAUUAUGAGACAUUAAAGCUGGGAAGUAAUAUGUAUUGGAAUAUGAGAUCUUUGAAUUUUGAGUAGGUGCUGAAUUCCAUCUGUCCUAAAGUUAAUGUUUCUAAUGGCUGCAAAACUCUUUAUUAGUGUGAAAUUUACUGCUU